AUGACGAACUUUACUGAUCUUUCAGAGGAUAUGAUCGGAGAGAUUCUCUCUAGGGUUCCAUUGAUAUCUUUAUCUGCAGUACGAUCUACUUGUAAAACCUGGAACGAUAGGUCGAAAAAACAGGUUUUGGGUGAAAAAGGAGCAAAGAAGAAUCAGUUUCUGGAGUUCAUGAUUAGAGAUCAUAAUAUUUGUUCAUUGAGGUUCGAUCUCCAAAAGGCCUGCAACGAAAAAGAUGAUGAAAAGGACUCGGUUGAUCCAUCUAUGAAGCAAAUAAGUAUACCUGAUAAUCAAGACGAGGUGUAUAAAGUCUAUCACUGCGAUGGCUUAUUGUUAUGCGUCACGAGUGACCACCACAUCAGGGCGAGGCUCUUGGUAUGGAAUCCGUAUAUGGGGCAAACCAGAUGGAUCCGACACAUAAAGAAAAUCGAUAGACGUGACGUUUAUGCCCUCGGAUACGGAUACGACAACAACAACAACCGUAAACACAAAAUCUUGAGGACUUUUUAUGACUACCCUAACCACAAGGAAUGUGCUGAAGUAGUGAAGUGUACGAUUUUAGCUCUGAUUCAUGGAGGGUUAUUGAUGUCUAUCCCGUCCCCGUCUGAGAGAUUCGGACCACGUCUGCCUCUGCCAUUUCAGCCCUACCGUCGUUAUUCGUUCGCAUAUGAGCAUCUAUUUUGGGUUAGAGAUGAGAAGCUCGCUGUGUUGAGUUUCCUCUACGAACAUGACCCUCAAGUAGGCUUCGAACUCGAGCGGUCCGACAUAAUAGAGAUGUGGAUUUCGACUAAGACUGAGCCCAAUGCGAUAUCAUGGAGCAUUUUCUUGAGGAUAGAUGUGAGAGAAUUUGAUUAUUUCGACCUUAAGAGAUAUUUCAUUGACGAGGAGAAGAAAGUCGCUGCGUUUCUUGGUCUAAAUAGAUUAGACGAGGCCGACCCCUGUGGCUACCGAAUGGCUAACAUUAUUGGAGAAGAUGGAUACUUGAGAUCGUUCAAGAUGGAUGAAGUUUAUUGGAGGGCACGUGAUGGCGUUGUAUUCGUGUGUUCUUCUUAUGUUCCAAGUUUAGUGCAACUACAAAUCAACCAACCGGACAAAACAGAAGAAAUAAACCAACCGGACGAAACCAAAGAGAAAGUAAACCAUUCAGAGGAAACGAAAGAGCAAACAAACCGUUGA